AUGUUCAAAUUAGCAGGGGAGAAUCGUGAGGACGAAGUUGACGAUGAUGAUGAACAUGCACGUACUGAGACUACAUUUGAUGAAUUCGUUCCUAGUCCUCUCAUUCCUCUCAAAGCCGCGCUUGAAAAAGACAAGGAUGAUGAAAGUUUAAGGAGGUGGAAAGAAAAGCUGCUUGGCCGUGUAGAAAGUGAUCUAACUGAGCAAAUGGAGCCUGAAGUUACAUUCCUCACCAUAGGAAUCAUUUCUGAUGAACUUGGGGAAAUUAACACACCCUUGCCUGUAGACGAGACUAAAAGUAGAGAUGUUCUAUUUGCUCUAAGAGAGAACUCCGAAUACCAGCUUAAGCUGACAUUCACUGUUGGCCACAACAUUGUCUCUGGCCUUGCUUACACUAACACUGUGUGGAGGUAUGGAGUCCAAGUGGAUGGGAGCAAAGGACAUGCUGGGUACUUUUGCUCCCCAGCGCGAACCAUAUGCAUACACACUCUGAAGCAGAAACCCACUCCAUCUGGCGUUCUUGCUAGAGGAAUCUACUCGGCAAAACUUAAGGUGAAAGACGACGACAAGAGAUGUCACAUGGAGCUGAAAUAUUGCUUUGAAAUAAGAACAUAACAUAAGGUUAGCCAAUUCUUUUUCCUGAAAAUCAUGUUUGUUGUUUGCGUGUUGUAUUUUCCUUGUGCUCUGUUCCGAAUUUAGAACAUCUUCAUCCUUUAGAUGCGCUAAGGGAUUGUGUAAUAUUCUUGUACUUGGGGAAAUUUAUGAAGAAUAUAGUGUUCAAUAAUUAAUCUGCCUUGUAUAGUCUACCUUUUUAGUCUCUAUAUUCAUAAUUUAGAGCUUGUUUGAUGUAGGUUUGAUGAAAAGGUUGAUUAUUUGGAUUA